AUGAAGGAAGAUGUAGCAAGACGAAACGGUUAUUUUAGCUCAGGCAACGAAUGGACGAACGAAUUGUUAGCGUGGUUAUUCAGUAACUUUCUAAAAGUUCCUGCACCUUUGGAAGCAUGGAUAAAGUCACUCAAUGAUGCAGCUAAAAAAGUCAACAAGCCCAGUGAAUGUGAAGUGAUUUUCGAUGGUUUCGGCGAUCAUUCACAUGUAAAAACUCCACCGAAGCUCAACAAUAUUCGUGUGGAACAUGGACCGCGAGAACAUCUGACACUGAAAACCAAUGUUCAUCUGCCAUGUGUGUGUCUUAAAGUCGUUUCAUCUCAGCGAACACCUGAGAGGCUUUUGGUCAGCAACUUCGACGUCAACAUCGUGGAUUUGCGUGGAGAAAUAGAAUGUCGAUUUGCAUGCAUCGCCAACCAGCUUUUUUUGAUGGGUUGCUUCAAUGGUACGCCAGAAAUGGACAUCGAAUUGACCAGUACUGAUUCGAACGCACAAACCCAUGUUUCUCUUGGACUUGUCGAGGAAAAGAUUCGAAGAUGUUUGCUGUCAGCAGUGACCAACAUUAAUCUUUCUGAAUCGGUGACAUCAAAUCCAGACGAAUUUCCUUCCAACACAAUUCCUUGCGCGCCUCUAACAGAUGCAAAAAGAUUAUCAGGAGAAUACACAACUGUUCAAGCCCAUGUUCCUGAAAUUUUCAAGAAAUUCAACGAUUCCCAUUUAAUGUCACCGGUUGUUAAUCUCAAAAAUGAAUCAAACAAACUACGAGUAAAAGUUAUAAAAGCGACACGUCUUGGAAGAGGAACAGAGGUUCAUCAGCCUUUUGUAGUCAUCGAAGUGGAUGAACCAGCUCAGAAGUUCACGACAACCAAUGCCCUAAACACAUUACCGUUUUGGGAAGAGUCAUUCGAUUUUGAAUUAACGUCAGCUUCAGAAGAAAUCCUUUUCGAAGUCUAUGACGGGAGCGCAAAAAUCUCUUCAGAAGACGACAAGAACUUCCUUGGCCUUGCUAUAGUGAACCUCGAAGAGAUAAAGAAAAGCGGUGAGCAUGUACACAAUUUAAAACUUCAAGGGAGACCUUAUAGAAAGGAUGAAGUGCAUGGAGAACUCACUGUUACGUUUGAUUUCUACUAUAGUCCUAAGACGUUAACAGCUGGAAAAUUGGUUGAUACGCUGAGAAUUCGGAAUAGCAAUGGAAGCGAAUUUCGGGAGACAAUCACCACUCAAAGACGUGCUGUUUACGAUCCUCAUGAUCACUACGGUAAUCCCGAAAUAAUGCCGACAAAAACCACGACGGUUGUGUUGAAGGCCGUCUCGCAGCAAUUGAAAGAUCGUCCAGCAAUUCAAUCCGUUCAUGGCUCGAUGGAAAAUGCAGUUGAGCCGACCAUUCAACAUAUACUUGAUCAACAAUUUCGAAAUACUACGAGCACUACGAACGAAAUCCAAGUAAGCACCAUUCUAUAUUCUACACAAGGUAAUGGACGUCAUUUAUUAAGCACCCGAUGGCCGAUCAAAAGAAAUAUUCCAGGACGGCAAAAAAGAACUGAACAGGAAAGAGAGAAGAGGGAGCGCUCGUUUUUCGGAGAAUUGCGUGAUCGGAUAAGUGGCAGGCCGCGAAUGGUGCUAUAUCACAGAUCGAAAUCGGUUGACGUUCAUGAAGCAGAUAUCGAGGAAGCUGUUAGUCUACCACCAAGUCGGGAUGCUAGUAGGACCAGAGUCUCAGGACCACGUUAUCACGAGUCACAGUCGGUUGGAGGGAAAUCAGGAGAGUCCAGCAGCAGUCUCUACACGCACAGCACUUUGGUACUUGAAUUGGACCAUGAAGGAGAGAAAAAAUAUUUCUUAAUCCCCCCAUCCAUGAUGGCUGAGCCUGCAACUAUAAAACUUAUGCGACAUGGAAGAAAGCUUCACAUCUACAACGAGCAUACAUUUGUUGCAGUAAAAAUUCGCGGAGGCCUUAAUUGCCAUGUAUGCCAGCAACGGAUUAAGUCAAGUUUCAUGAAACAAGCCUAUCAAUGUCGAGAUUGUAAACUGGUGUGCCACAAGUCAUGUCACUACAAGACAGAUGCGUUUUGCCCGCACAGUAAGGUAUCUAAGCUUCAAAUAGCGAAGGAUGUCGACUGGGAACAUUUUUUGAAUCACUAUCAAUUCGAAGAGUUCAUUUCAAUUGACGGUGUUUGA